UUUCCGACAGGCCGCUGAUAACUAGAGUUCAGUGGCUGCUGAUCAACGUUUUUCGUCACGUCAUUCUUUUCUUCUCGACAACGAGCGUUGGUCCAAGUGACAAAGUUUUCCGCGAAGUUAAAUAAAUUAGUUAAGUUAAAAGUGCUACCUAGUUCUGUGCGGAUAUUUUCGCUAGUUGUUUCUGCGAUCAGGAAGCCUAUUUCAUAAGCUAAGGUACUAUUUACAAUUUAAAUCUAACUAAAUUUACAUAUCCUAACCUAACCUAAUUCAUGGUUACAGCAAUAGCCAAUUAUCUAAAACAAACUAGAGCUUUCCGCUACCUAGUAGCACGAAAUUACACAUAAAUAGUACGGAACAGUUACGGAAUAGUACGGAACGUUAGCUAGAUACUAGUACGGAAAUUGUAGGUAAAUCACAAAACAAAUAUUAAAAACCAUCAUGCAAACUCAUUCUAACCUCAAUCAACAGCGUUGCCACCCACGCCAUCUAUCAAGAAACAUUGUUCGGGUGCAAAGUUAGGGAGUGAACACUGAAUUUGUGAGUUGAAUGCUAGCUAUAAUUAAAAUCUAAAACCCCAUUAUUAAUUUAUAAAAUAAAUUUGCAGCUUGAAGCUGUUUACUACCGCUGCCAAGAUUCAGCGUGUUUCUUUUCAUCCGCCCCGCAACAAUCCGGAUCGCUGUCCUCUUUGUCGCUCUCAAACUCCUGACUCAGAUCGGCUUUCAUUUUCCGGAACUGGUCGCGCAUCUGCUUCUACCGGAUCAAGAAGUCCUUGUGGUCCGCCAAUUGCUGUUCUAGUUGCAGCUUCUCCUGGCAAAGUUUCUCCUCCUGCAUCUUUUGUUGCAGCGCACGCCUUUUUUCGUUCACCGAUCUCUCCAAUUCCAAGCGUUUGUCGUGCAGUAUUUUCUCCUCCUGCAGUUGCUGCUCGAUCGCAGCCGAUUCUUGUUCGAGAAGGCUCAGAGAUUCUUGAAUCGAUGGCCGACCUUCUCGAAGCUCCGUUCCGACAUCGCUUUUGGCACUUCCCGUCCGUUUGGAAACGUUCUUUUUAACAGGUUUCCUUAUUUUGGGAACGUGCAGCAAAUUACUGCAUUUCGUGCAGUUCCAUGGCACAUUCUUAUCAGCCUCGGUAACUCCCGCGCAUUGAUAGUGACUCCAAAAGCUACACAUGUCGCAUUGGACCAUGUAAUCUUCGCUAUCAACUUCCUCGCAAUACAUGCAGUUGCGAUUGUUGAUCGAUUUCUCCACAUUCCUGAUCGUAUCAUUCGCCGGAUCCGACAUCUUGAGGUUAUGUCCGGAAGAUUGUAAAUCUUCAAGUGUUCGGAUAAGAAAAGAAUCCUCAAAGCAGCCUUUCUCUAGUGUAGCAGCUUGAAGCUAAAACAGUUUAUAUUUUAUUAAUUUAGAGUCCUAAACAAAUGUUAGCUGAAAACUUACAUUUAGUUUUCUUCUACUCGGGCUCUCACACUUGCCUUCGCUUGUUCGGAUCGGUGAAUGACUAUCACUUUUCCGUCCUGAACCUUAUUUUUAGGAAUAUAAUUUUUAGGAUAACUAAUUUAGAAUAUAAAGUUUCUACUUACGAUUACAAUUGUUUGAUUAUAAUUAACGUUGAUUGAAACCGUCCUGAACCUCGUUUGUAGGUUAUUUUCCUCGUACGUGACCUACGUGUUUUUAAUUAAAUUUAGCCAACAAUUUCUUCAAUGUAUUCGUUUUGUACUCACUGUUUCACCUUUUAGAGGUUUGAAUAUUAUAAUCAGUCCCUCCCGUACUACUAGUUUUAAGAAAUAUCCGUACUAUUAGUAUUGGGGAAAGUGAAACGCCUUAUGUAGCUGCUUGUUUGAUUCAGCUCAAACUAGAAAGAUAAAUUUUAUUUAAUUUAGUAGCUUCAGUUGUUAGUAUGUUUUGCCGACUUACAAUUUUAGUUUCGGCUUCUACUAUAUAAAUGUACCUGGCCUCGUGAGAUGCUGCUACCUAUUCUGACCUAAUCGACUGUUUAAAAUAUUUGUGUAAGCUAAUGAAUAUAAAACAAAUUCUUAAACAAACUUACAUCGUUUUCGGGAAUACAGAAUUAAAAUAAAUCUCACUUUUUCGACAACUUUCUAUAGCUUCAACUUUUCUCUUCCGAUCGCAAACGAAAAACAGUCUUCGCGCUUUUUCCCAGCCGCUGUCACUUACGUUCGUCCAGGGAGGCCAGCUGAAGGGAUUUUCGCAUUUGUGCCCAGUGGUUUUAACAUUUCCCCGACCCGUAAACCUGGUCCAGAACCUGCUUCCUGGACAGAUUUACCAAUUGCCUCAAUCUUUAUGACUGCGAGUUCAGCCACAGGUCGCCGAAACAAUCCACUAAAAGUUCGAACCAUAGCCUGGCGAAAACGGUCGCCUUCUCCAACAAUGACUCCCUCUUCUUGUCCACGGACCCAUCCGUUGCGAUUCUGAUCGUCCAAGUGAGGUUUCUUGGAAGGAAUCCAGUCCCUCGAUGUCAGCUGGCGGUUCUUCGAGGUGACAGCCAUAUCACAUACAAACGACUCUCGUUCCACUUUCCAUGAGACAACCUCGGCUUGUUGGUAUUCUUCUUGCUUCAGUGAGACAACGGUCCAUUUGAGAAGACGGAUCACCAAUCUUUUCAAUCGUUCGGCAACGCAACAGAUUGUAUGCAACUGACCAUUCCAUCGUGAAACCCAACUCGCGUAGACGAUCGAUUUGUCAGGUUCAUUGAACGAGAUUCCGUUAGAAUCUAAGCAAGAACUCCUACCCCAACUAGUGGGCUUAUCUGCCAAGUCGGAAUGCGCCUCCUCCAAGUCACGAAAACCUUCAACCGAGUGCAACAAUCUAGUUCCGUGCACUGUGCUCAUUGGGUGCAUACGAAGGAUGGACAACUGCUUCGCCUGAGAUUCCUCGGUUUUUUUGCGUACAGCUUCCGCGAGGGCGGGAUCAUUGUUUAGCCCUCGUUCAAAACCACUCACACUCUUAAGCGCCAUCGGGAACCUGACCGGCUGUUCGGAAUUGCUACGCUUGAAUCGUAUUCCGGCUUCAAAGUGGCCCUCCACACGUUCUUGUUGAUUUUUGCUACAGAUUUCCAGCUCGGCGAAUUUCACUCGACUCCGGAAGUUCAUUUACCGAAACUCCAGCAUUCUCGGUGACAAUGAAGUGUUGCUCCUGGUUGUUACGUUCACGAUGGCAACCCAGGAAGCCUUCAGGGUGUGAAUCUCCACCAGGUCCGUAAAUGGUCCAACCGAGGUAAGAUCUGACCGCAAUUGGUUCGUUGAUGUUUCCAAUCUUUGACUCCAAAGGUGCCAUCAAAUGGACAUUGUUGAGUCCGAUCAGAAUCUUCGGUUCGUCUCCUUCUUGAUUUGCCAUGUCCAGACCCUGAAGAUGCGAAUAUUGACUGGUGAUUUCCUUGAAAUUGACGCGCUGUCUUGGAAGGCUCAGCUUCUUCACGGUUCGUGCUUCUUUUAAUACUGAACGUUGUCCCGUUGUGCAACCUGACACCUGCAGUGUCAGGCAUAUUGAAUUAGGUUCUUGGCGUACAAUAUUACUCGUCCACUCCAGUGUUAGUGGCUGUAGUCGACCUUUAGCAUUCAGGCUAUCGACGAGCCCCUCCUCGAUGAGCGUCAUAGACGAACCUUCGUCCAAGUAGGCGGAAGUUGACACCGACCUUUGUUUGUAGUGGAGAGUGAUCGGUACAAUCCUGUAAAUUAUCGAGCCCUGCUCGGUUGUAUGGGUGUGAUGCUGUUCCGUAAUUGACGGCACUGUAUCUUUUAAACUUGGCUUGGUAAUUGUAUUCCGGUGCACCAGUGGAUGAUGGUGUUCCCGACAAGCUCCAACGUUGCAGUUUAUCUUGAACCUACACCAUCCUUUGUGCUCAUUUAGGCACCGUUCGCACAGUUUGUGUUCUUCCUUCCUCUUCAGCCGUUCCGUACUGUUCAUACUCCGGAAAAUGUCGCGGCUUCUGACCCGAUGUCCCUCCUUCUUGCAGAUCGAACAAACAAGUUGGUAUUUCGCUGGAGUGUUACUGGCGCCGCUGUGUGCAAGAACAAACCCUUUUUCCUUCAGUCUUGACUUGUCUCCCUUUGCAGAUGCUGUCUCUUUCGGAUCGAUCACGAGAAUAACCUCGCUGGCCUCAGCUACGAUAUUGGAUGUGAAAUCCGCGAAUGUACGGAGAGUUACUCGGUCAGCCAAUCUCCGGCACUGCACCCAUUCGCGCUUCGUUGCGGCCGGGAGUUUAUCAACCAGCUCUUGUAUUAGGAUCGGAUUGACCAAGUGAUCCUGAAGGUUGACCGCUUCCAAAUGGUCACACAACUCUUGGACCGCCAUCCCGAAAGGAACAAAGGUUUCGAGUCGAUCGCUUCUCGGAGCAUCCGUCUUCCGUACUUUAUUCAACAGCGUAUGGAUCAGCUGCUCGGGUUUGCCGUACAGCAUGCGAAGUGUUUCGAUCACCUGCGGCACGGAGUUUGGCAAGAGUAGCCGACUACGGACGGAUUCCAAUGCCGGACCUUUAAGGCACUCUUGCAGACGGACGAGGUUCUCGACGUUACUGAAUCCGCAGGCAUCUGCCGAGUUGGUAUAACUGCUGUAAAACAGCGGCCAAUCUUCACUCCUUCCGGUGAAUGUCGGUAGUUUCUUGGACAGGACCUGACGGGCGGCUCGUUGUGCCCUGGUGGGCCCCGACCCGUCUCGAGAGCUGUUUGUCGACGUUGACGAUACCUCCUCAUGUUUCUGAUUGGUUCCCAAACAGGGUUCUUGGUGACGACAUUCACGGUUGUCCGGUUGCCUCUGAAGAAUAGGGCUCACGCGGCGCAUCUCUUGGGUGGGGGUUGAUUGAAGGUGCUGUGUGGGUAGUCGAUCAUUUAUCGCUCGCUUGAAAUACUCACGAACCUCCUGGUCUUCGGUUUCGCAUUCGUUGAGAUCUUUCAGCCUUGGUUCCGGAUCGAUGCGGCGAAUGAGCCAAUCGUUCGCCUUUUUCCGGCUUUCGUGUUCAGAAAAAUCGUUCGGCUCUUCACCAACUGCACCAUCGUCGCUUCCUACUUCUCUAACUGCCAGUUGGUAGCGGUCACGCUGAAAUUUUUCCUGCAGGGCACGCUGCUUCCGUUGGAAAUCGAUUUCUUCAGCAAGCUGCCUUUCGAGCAUCGCUUUUUCCUGCACCAGUCGUCUUUCUUGCAGUUCUUUUUCCUGCUGGAAGCGUUUCUGCGCUAGCCGCUGCUCGAGCUCCAUACGUCUCUUGCUGAGAAUCUUUUCCGCCUCAAGCUGCUGUUCCUUCAUCGCGAACUCCUCUUCCAUCCGACGCAUUCCCAGCUUCAAUCGCGAAGUGGAUCGUUUGCUGUUUCUUGACGCGAUCGAUUUGCCGUCAUCUGGUUGGCUUGCUCGAGUGUAUCCCGGAUCGGAGACGAUGUUAUGAUUCGAUGGUGAAUUUUUUGCUUCCGGUGGGCGCUUGCUUGCCGGGAUUUGCCUGAAGAGGUAAGGGUUUCGGAAGAGUUCCGGCAGUGGAUUUCUUGCUAGACUUUUUCCCCUUUUUCUCCCUCUUAGCAUCGGAACUCUCGGUGUUCCACACCGGGUGAUUCACUCACGCAAACGAAAUGGAACCAUGCCCCACAAUCGUCGCAGGCAACCAUUCCCUCAUUGUCCGGCUCUGCACAUUUGCUGCAGCUUCCCAUCUCAAAGUGAGGUUAUGCACCAGUAAAACUUUUGAGAAAUAUUGGGGAAAGUGAAACGCCUUAUGUAGCUGCUCGUUUGAUUCAGCUCAAACUAGAAAGAUAAAUUUUAUUUUAUUUAGUAGCUUCAGUUGUUAGUAUGUUUUGCCGACUUACAAUUUUAGUUUUGGCUUCUACAAUAUAAAUGUACCUGGCCUCGUGAUAUGCUGCUACCUAUUCUGACAUAAUCGACUGUUUAAAAUAUUAUUGUAUUUGAUGCUUUUUGAUAUCAAACUUAUCAACUUACAUUUGCAGGCAUAAGAAUUUGAUAUUUGUUCCGGCCUAAAUUUCGCAUCAUAGUAUCCAGUGGUUUUAACAAUUAGGAUUAGGAAAUACUUUUUAAUUUGAAUACUCCGUACUACACACGCUACAAAUUUCCAUCUAUCUCCCGCUUGUUUUUGUUUAUGUUUUUUUCCCCCGUUCGUAAUGGCCUAUCUCGCGCACACUUUCUGACAAGGGCUGCCGAGUCGCGCAGUUUUUACACGCUCAACACUUAUCAUUGUAUACUUUACUGCUAAGAUCGGACGCAGUGUGACACUACUCGAAUGCCUAGGCUUUCUGCCCGCCGUGUGCCAGAUCGAAAGCAGCUUAUCUUAGACUCGCGCCUGUCACAGCACACGGACGGGUCUUUAACGCUUGUGACUCAGAUGAAUCCCGACGGUGAUUCGAUUGCCACAAUCGUAUACCCCCAUGUCAAAACUCAGAUUUGCCAACCGCUUGAUAUCGUCAAUGUUUCGAUGACCCAACUUGCGAUGCCAUUCGUGCACGCAAUUUUUCUUGCUGCACUGGUCCGAGGCUGCAAUCACCCGCUCCACCAUCUGGAUGUGGUACAACCCGUUUCUGUGUUGAGCCCUGGUUGCGAUACGACUGUUUUUCGAAAUGGUGCAACCGUCUUGAUUGAAGAAUACCUCGGCUCCCUUCUGCACAAGCUUGCCAACCGAAACCAGGUUCAUUUGGAGAUCAGGAACGUAGAGAACCUCGCCCAACGUCAUAGUAUUUUCGAUACCUUGGCUACCAUAGCAAAGGAUUUUGCAUGAGCCAACUCCUUCGACCACUGCUUGCUUGCCAUCAGCAACCGUCACCGUCCUCGGAAUACUUCGGUUUGACUCCAUCUCAUGGAACUGAUUCUUAUCAGCACACAUGUGCGAGCUUGCACCCGAAUCGACGAUCCAAUUCCGGACACCCCUUACGGAAAAUGCAGAAUCUUCGAUGACAUUUGAAAUAUAUUUUGCCUCCUCAGUUGCCUCGAAUGUUUUGACCCUUGCCCAGCCAGGUAAGCUGGCUCAACUUGCUAGAGAAGCUAGCCGCCUCAAGCUAGAGAUAUUGGGACUGAGCGAUGUCCUUUGGCCUAACACUGGAGAACACAAGACACAGUCUGGCCAAGUACUGCUUUACUCUGGCAUACGAGGAGAACACGCUACUCGGGAACGAGGAGUUGGUUUCCUAUUAAGCCCGCAGGCCCAUGCGGCCCUUAUAAGAUGGGAACCGAUCAACGAAAUCAAUAAUCGUAGCCAGAUUCAGAACACGGGUUAGAAACCUUACAAUGGUCCAGUGUUAUGCGCCAACUGACGUUGCCGAUUUGCAGAGAGAAUUCCGAAGGGUGACAUUCAAAUCCACUUAGGCGACUUCAACGCAAAGAUUGGCUCCGAUAAUCAGGACUUUGAGCGCAUCAUGGGGCGCCAUGGUCUAGGACAGAUGAGCAAAAACGGAGAGCUGUUUGUAGAAUUUUGUGGCAACAACAACAUGGUGAUCGGCGGAUCGCUCUUCCCCCUUCGACCAGCACAUAAGGUCACUUGGGUAUCCCGAGAUGGCCGAACAGAAAAUCAAAUUGACCACAUCUGCAUCAGCCGAAAAUGGAGAAGGCGCUUUCUUGAUGUUCGUAACAAACGAAGCGCAGACAUUGUAUCUGGCCAUCACCUCGUCCUUGGCGAGAUACGACUGAGAGUUGCGCGUGUUCAACGGCGCGAGGAGAAAGUCGGUUGUCGAUACGACGUCCGCCGGUUGGAGAAUCUUGAGGUGAAAAGGGCAUACGUUGAACAGCUAGAAUCCCGAGCCUCGAAGUUGCCGACAGACGGAACAGUCGAAGAACAGUGGUGUGGAAUCAAGAAUGCCUUUAUCACGACGAGCCAUGGUACUCUCGGUAAAGUUUGUGGAAGACGAAGUGAAUGGAUGUCGGAUGAAACCUGGAGGAUGAUCGAUGAUCGGAGAAAGGCGAAAGUCGGAAUUGAGCAGGCAUGUACCGGGUCAGCCAAAGCAGCCGCCCGCUUACGAUAUGCGGAGCUGGAAAAGGCAGUUAAACGAGCUUGUAGACGAGACAAGAGAGCCUUGACAAACUCCCUAGUCGAAGAAUAUGAUAUAUCUCGCCGCCUUAGUGGUGCAAGGACUAAUGCAAGAAUGCCGCUGAAAGACCGAGCAGGUCAGCUGCUGACAGAUCGAACAAAUCAGCUCAAGUGUUGGACUGAGCAUUUUGAACAACUCUUCCGAGUUACAAAUAGCAAUGGCCAACAGAACCCGCAGCUCGAGGCGCCCACAGUAAGUCGCAUUAAUGGCGUCAACUCAGAAGCGCCCUCGCUGGCUGAAAUAGAAGCGGCAAUCAAGGACAUGAAAUCCAACAAAGCGCCUGGAAUCGAUUACAUUCCUGCUGAAAUGCUCAAAGCCGACCCUGCCUUGUCAGCACAAAUGUUGCACCGUCUUUUCGCUGACAUUUGGGAUACUGCAAUAUUCCCGGCCGACUGGAUUUAGGGUAUCCUCGUAAAGAUCCCGAAAUAAGGAGACCUGACAGAGUGCGGUAACUGGCGUGGCAUAACUUUGAUCUGUACAACCCUCAAAGUACUCUGCAAAGUGAUCCUGAACAGGAUCCAGGAAAAAAUCGACGCUACACUCCGACGGCAACAAGCUGGAUUCCGAUCCGGACGAUCAUGUGUGGACCACAUCACAACGCUACGAAUAAUACUGGAACAAAUCAACGAAUUCCAGGACUCUUUUCUGCUGGUGUUCGUUGAUUUCGAAAAAGCAUUUGACCGACUGAACCACGAAAACAUCUGGGCUGCUCUUAGACGACGAGGGGUCCCAGAGAAACUAGUCCAUCUCAUCGAAACACAGUACGAGACAUUUUCGGCACGACGCGACGGUGUCUUGUCCAAACCAAUCACGAUAACUGCUGGAGUGAGACAGGGAUGUAUUUUGUCACCGCUGCUUUUUCUCAUCGUAAUGGAUGAGAUCUUGACUGGAUCGAUUGACUGUAGACCAAACCGAGGAUUGCCGUGGAAUCCUUCAGCAAUUGACCAACUGAACGACCUUGACCUGGCAGACAAUAUUGUUUUGCUCGCCCAAACACAACAAGACAUGCAGAGCAAACUCGACGACCUCACUGAAAGCUCCGGUAGCAGGUCUCAAAAUCAAUGUCGGAAAGACCAAGUCGAUGGAAGUCAACACAGAAAAUCGUUCCAAUUUCGUGGUAGCUGGACAACAGGUUGAGACAGUGGAGUCCCAGCAAACAUAACAUCGCAUUAGAAAUGUCAGCUCAACUCGUUAACAAUGUUAAUGCGAAUCGUAAUUCCUACCAAACCAAGUAAAUGAUCGUAAGAAUGGUUAGUUGAAGUCUACCGACUCGUAUAUGACAAAAGUCCGCCAUGUUUGCAAAUUUGUCUCCCGCGUGCGGGUUCAAAUGAGAAAACAACCUUGUUGUUCUCUUUGCGAUAAGCAGUGCAACCAGAUUUCUUAAAAUCAGAGGGUCCAUUUGGAUAAACUGGCCAAUGAGAGAAGCAGCAAAUAUUGUCGCUGGCAACGGUUUGCAUGCAUUGAGAGCAAAACUUGCGCUCUCUCGCAUACUGUCAGGAUGUACGGUAAAAGGUGUUGUAUAUCGUCCAAUUUUUACAACUCUUAUCGCUUAAGCCAGAAGUUAAAAAUAUGUAUGUAUAUUACCUCCACUUUAGUACGUAAAUGCUGUUUUUUCGAGUUAUAUAAGAUGAUUUUAUAAUGUAUAUGAAAUGUAUAGCAAAGUUUGUUGAGAAAUAUACCUACAAAAAUGUUUGCUGGGAGUGCUUCCAGUAUCUUGGUAGCCAGAUUACGCCUGAUGGUGGUACCAAGAAGGACAUCGAAACCCGGAUCAGAAAAGCCCGAUUUGCGUUUGCGAGUCUCCGAAACAUCUGGCGCUCACGCCAGAUUUCUCUACGAACUAAGAUCCGAAUCUUCAACUCAAACGUCAAAUCCGUCUUGCUGUACGGGUGUGAAACUUGGUGCACAUAUGCGGUGACGACGCGAAAACUGCAACAUCAUCCGCGCUUGGUGGCCUGGCAACUGGAUCUCAAACGUUGAACUUCAUCGCCGGUGUCAUCAAAAGGCGCUAGAAAUCGAGAUUCGGGAACGUAAGUGGAAAUGGAUUGGGCACACACUGCGAAGAGAUGAAAACGAGAUUUGCAGAGAGGCGCUUGACUGGAAUCCAGAUGGGCAUCGAAGAAGAGGCAGGCCCAGAAGCUCGUGGCGGCGAAGUCUAGCCACUGAAAUCCGCACAGUUGACGAGAACCUUAGCUGGCAGCAAGUGAAGACGCUGGCUCCGGAUCGCCAGGGCAUCGGGGCAUCGAAGGUACUCAGGGCAUCGAAGGUACUCAGUAGGCUACAGAAAACCAAAAUCACCUGCAGAUCGUCAGCCAGAAUGGUUCCAGCAUUCGCCAACUUCUCAAAAAGGCUCUCGAACUCGAGUAAGUGUUCCUCGACGUCGUCACUUUCUUCGUAUUUCAGGUCGCAAAUCGUCUUCAAGAUGUGGACCUUGGAACUAAGGGUCUUAGUUUCGUGUUGCCGCUUAGGGUUCUCCCAUACAUCCUUCGCCGUGGUAGUAUUCCGGAUGUGCACGUGUUGGCUGCGGCUCAGUAGCAACCCAAUCGUCGCCCGCCUUUAUCCCAGGCAGCCAGUUCAGCAACGUUUCGAUUGUCGGCAGCAGUUUCCGGUUUUACCCCUGGCGAAAUGUACCUCGAGAGAUCUUCCCUCGCCAGCAGGAACUCGACCUCCAACUUCCAGGAGUCGCAGUUAUCAUUAGUGAGCUUCGCUAUUCCAUUUCUUUCCAUUUUAACUUCUUCAAAGCGCAGGCCCAUAACAACUCCAUUCUACUUUCUGGACCGGAUCUUUUAACUCCGUUGCCAGCGACAUAUCAUUCAACAAUUUCGGGAACGACCGGUGGCUGUCAAGGCGGACAUACGCGAAAUGUUCCACCAAUACCGGAUUUGGGAAGCUGAUAUGCACGUAUUGCGUUUCCUUUUCCGAACAGACCCUACCACCAAGCCGGACGUGUACAUUAUGGAUAUGGGUACCUUUGGGGCAGCUUGCUUACCUACGUCCGCCCAAUGUGUAAAAAAUUUGAAUCUAUCUCGAUAAUCAUGCGCUGAAGGUAACGAAGCGUGUGCUCUGGACCGAUUCUCAAAAUGUGCUUUCAUUGAUUCGAUCCGAUCAACGGAAGUACAUAGCGUUUGUCGCAUUCAGGAUUGGCGAGAUUCUACAGGAGACGAAGAUCGACGAGUGGCGCUGGGUGCCCUCGAAGGCUAAUUUGGCAGAUACACUUACCAAGUGGGGCAGAGGUCCCUGCCUGGAACCGAAAGGGCCCUGGUUCAACGGACCCGAGUUUCUCCAGCAACCAGAGGAGAGGUGGCCGACGCAGAAAACACCAAUACCAAAAACGACAAUCGAGCUUCGAGCGUGCCACAUGUCCCACACUUUCAAGACGAACGAACCUAUCAUCGAUGUAAGUCUGUUGGGAUCUGUUGCGUUUACAGAUUUAUCUCCAACUGUCGUCGCCGCAUUGCUCGAGCACCCAUCGAGGUUAUUCCGGACGCCACCGAACGAUUGAAGAGAUUGGUGAUCCGUGACGUCUUCCGAUCGAGAAACACAGUGCCAUCUAUCAUUGUAGGCCGUUCCUGGACGAUUGUGACGUGUUGCGAAUGAACGGCAGGACAAAAUCUGCAGAAUUCAUUCCAUACGAUACGAGAUUCCCCAUCACCCUACCAAGCGCCCACGAAAUCACCAAUCUACUGCUAGCUGAUUAUCAUCGGCGUUUUGCACACGCUAACCGGGAGACCACGUUUAACGAAGUUCGGCAACGCUUUUAUAUCCCUAAGCUGAGAAGCUGUGUGAAGCGGUCGAUGGAUAAUUGCCAAUGGUGCAAAGUAAAAAGGAGCCGACCGCACGUACCGCACGCCUUUCCUGAGACGCUUCAGUCAUGUGGGUGUCGACUAUUUUGGACCGUUUGAGGUAAUCGUGGGACGCCGUGUCGAGAAACGGUGGGUUGUACUUUUCACGCGCCUGGCGGUCCGUGCAGUGUACCUGGAAGUGGCACACAAGCUGAAUACUGAUUCGUGUAUCACGGCAAUUCGGAGAUUCGUGCUGCGCAGAGGCCCUCCUAUUGUUAUCUUCUUUUACAACGGCACCAACUCGAAAGGAACUGCAAGAGCAGAUUCGUCGAAUCGGAACAGACUGCGCUACCGUGUUCACUAAUGUUUCAAUCCGCCUUUUGCACCCCAUAUGGGGGUAUAUGGGAGCGGAUGGUACGAACGGUCAAGACGACUAUGGCAACCCUGAAUGCGGAACACCGAAUGAGCGAUGAAACACACUAAGACCGUUAUUGUUGAGGCCCUUACGCCGAACCAUUUUUUGCGUGGCACGGUAACCGAACUGAAGGAUCUUCGCAUAGCGCUAACAAUUCUGGCAGAGGCACUUCGAAGCACUUACCAGAGGUUCCAGUGCAUCGCCGAUGAACUAUGGAAGCGGUGGCUAAAGUGUGGGGAAGAAUAUAUGCCGUCGUUGAACGUGAGUACCAAACGGUUAGAAGAUUCAAGACCGUUGAAGCCAGGCGGUUUAGUGUAUAUCACGGAUGAUCAAAACCGCAACGGAUGGGUCCGUGGACAAGUAGAGAUUGAGGCAAUUGGUAAAUCUGUCUAGGAAACAGGUUCUGGACCAGGUUUACGGGUCGGGGAAAUGUUAAAACCACUGAGCACAGAUUCGAAAAUCCCUUCAGCUGACCUCCCUGGACGGACGUAAGUGACAGUGGCUUAAAAAGGGCAAAGACUGAUUUUCGUUUGCGAUCGUAAGAGAAAAGUUGAAGCUAUAGAAAGUUAUCGAAAAAUGAUAUUCAAGUUUAAUUCUGUAUUCUCGAAAACGAUUCGAUUAGGUCAGAUUAGUGGGUAGCAGCAUCUCACGAGUCCAGGCACAUUUUUAUAGUAGCAGCCAAAACUAAAACUUUUGAGCUGAUUCAAACGAGCAGCUACAUAAGGUGUCUUACUUUCCCGAACAGUUGACUGCUAAUCAACGGAGUAAAAAUUUAUAAGAUUUACUAAGUUAGUUUUUAAUUUUACUUUUAAACAACAAAUAUGAUUGUUGAAAAUAUUACAUUACCUUAAAAUGUUAACUGGAGCCAACGCCAAUGGAACACUUUGCAGCCAAGCAUUUUGUCUCGAUCGAAAAAACAAUCACCCGCCGGUCGCCAGUUCAUCGGGAUCAUAUGCUGAGGUUCCGCCCAAUCAAUUUCAAAACAAUUUCGAAGCAGGUCCAUCAAGCGUAUGAAAGCCCGUGCUGGGCAUCCUCCAUGUAGCUAAUAUUAUAGCAAAAAUUGUUUUCCCCAUAGACAACGUUCUAGCUAGAAAUUGCAGUGCUCCACCGAGGCCCCUGGUAAGUUUCACCAUUCGAAGCCAUCAUUGUCUGCAUUACCAAACCUUGUAGUCUGAGAGACCAGAGGCUGGGAUGUUAACUGCACUUGGACAACGCAUCCGGAUUAUCCUGGAACAAGUACAAGGCUUUUCCCACUUCCGCUCUCGCUUGCCCCUCUUGCGACUUGUAGAAUUGCUUCUUCAGCAAACCAUCUAUUGAUCACUCUUCCAGGGGGGUAAUAUUCACCGGUCAUCAUGAGCCGAACCGUAGCAAGUCGCGACAAUUAUCUUAUAUCACUAGCAAAAUCCCGGAAAAACGAUCAAUGGACGUUCGAGUAAACUUACAUCACUUCAGACGGAUUCAUUUUUAACCAAAACAAUACCCCAACGAAUUUCGAACCGGCAAACAAUCACACAAUUCAAAACAUUCGGGUAUCGAAAUCUUUCCGUAAUUCUUCCUGUGACCGAGACCUAAAUGCACUCCACACUUCUGUCCCGACGAAAAUUAGCGUUGAGGAAAUGAUUUUCUAAAAUUUUGACCGAAUUCGCCGCACACGCAUUACCGAAAGCAAGAUGAAUAUCAAAAUCAAAACAAACGACGGAAAACGAAAAAUUAUUUAGUACAGAUCCAUGCCAU